AUGGAUGAAGAAAUAUGGAGUGGUUCUUUAAGUGAGGGCAUUAAUGAAAUUAAUAUUGAGAAUGAAAUGGAGGAAACAGAAAAUGUAGAAGUCGAAACUGAAAAUGUAGAAGUUGAAACUGAGGAUCCUAAGGUGGGAAUGAUGUUUAAGUCAAGUGACGAAGUUUAUGAAUAUUAUGCAACAUAUGGGAAGAAAAAUGGUUUUGCGGUGUCUAAGAAAAAUUGUAAAAAGGGAGGCGAUGGGGAGAAAAAAUAUAUAACUCUUGCUUGUACUCGUGCUGGGAAGGCAAUAAUCAAAACAAGCAAUCUAGUUAAAUUACGGCCACAAACAAGAACGGGAUGCAAAGCUUGCAUUAAUGCAAUUCUACAACCCGAUGGAAUGUGGCUAUUGCGAUCCUUAGUACUUGAGCAUAACCAUAAAAUGAGUCCAACCAAAUCUCGUUUUUUCAAGCAAAAUAGGAUACUUGAGCCGCAUGUGAAGAGGAGACUUCAAUUAAAUGAUAGAGCGGGGAUUAGGAUGAACAAAAAUUUCACUUCACUUGUGUUGGAAGCUGGAGGGCGUGAGAAGUUGUCAUAUUUAGAAAAAGAUUGUAGGAAUCAUAUAGACAAAGUUCAUCGUUUACGACUUGAGGAAGUAGAUGCCACUGCAAUGUAUAAUUAUUUUGUGAAAAUGCAAGGUGAUAAUUCAGACUUUUUUUAUGUCAUGGAUUUGGAUGGAAAUGGUCGAUUACAAAAUGUAUUUUGGGCCGAUGCGAGGAGUAGAGCAGCAUUUAAAGAGUUUGGGGAUGUGGUCACAUUUGACACAACAUACUUGGUAAAUAAAUAUGAUAUGCCAUUUGCCCCAUUUGUUGGUGUGAACCAUCAUGGACAGUCGACAUUGUUGGGUUGUGGACUCAUUUCACAUGAAGACACAGAGACAUUUACAUGGCUAUUUCAGUCUUGGCUUGCAUGCAUGUUUGGAUGCCCUCCCAAUGCUAUUAUUACAGAUCAAGACAAAGCCAUGAAAAAAGCCACAGAGAUUGUUUUCCCUAAUGCGCAUUAG